GCCCUUCUAGCCAGGCACGCUGUUUGCUCUAUGUCUGCUCGGAACGCGGCGUGCCUGGCCUCCAGUCGCCAUGGAAACGGCGAGCUCUGGCCUGAGUGCGUCCUUCCUAUCGCCUUCGUCAUCAGCUGCAUAGGAACACCUUCCAACGUUCGUUUUACAUUGCGUUGGCCAGAGCAUAAGAGAAAAAGAGUCUGCAAUUGUCUUCUACAAUUCCAGAUCAACUUUGAGCACUUUCUCUGGAGCCGGAGGUGUAACAUUGCCUUGGCCUCUCCUUGCAGCCCUUGCUCUGACCCAGCACUGUUUUCUACGAAACAGAGACAGGACCCCAGUCUCUGCUUUCAGAAGCACCACCGCACCCUGUUACUUCCUGCUGCUCUUGUACAGUAGGAUUACCAGCAGCUUCCUAACCGCACGGCUUUUAUAAACUCGUGGAAGCUGGCAGUUAGCUGCGGUUCUUGUAACUAAGGGAGGGGCAUGGAGGCGCUCAGCCCAGCUGCAGCCCGUGAAGGCAGCACAGGUGCUCGAGAUUGGCCCGCAGGACAGCAGAGCUGUUGAAACUCAGCAACUGCUCUGGCCAAGUAUUCCUCGGGUAAAGCCCCAGCUCCUGUACCAUGUACCAGCCCAGCUUUGUACCACGGGACUACUGUCCAGCCAUGAUCCCAUCUCCUCACACCUACCUGCCACUGCGCCCUGCGAGAGCGGAAGACCCAAGCAGCUCCACGAUGUUCCCUCCCAUCUACAUGCACAACUUCUACAGCCGCCCCAUGACCUUUGUGAUAGACAGAAGCAGCUACCCUGACUAUGUGGGCAGUCAGGUGGAGUACCACCACUUGUACAGUGCUUCCAACCCCUACUUCCAUCCGUACUAUACCUGGCAUUUACCCCCUGUGGUCCCUCUCCCACUGUAUAAUCCCUAUGCAAACUACAAUCCCUAUGCUGCCUACCACAGGUCAGACCACUAUCGAGACACGUGGCCAGAUGGCUUCACCAUGAGAGGGGAGCUUCAGUGGGGGAAGCUUGCAAAGGUGUUUGGACCAAGGAAAGACCUCCCAGAAUUUGUGAAGGAUGAUCUCCGGAGGGUUUACGGCACCUACCCACGGACCAAUGUCUCCAUCACCUACCGGAAAGGGGAGUUCUUAGUCAAAGCGGACCCCAAGGUAGGAGAGCAGGAGUACACAGUGGAGAAAAAUGUCAUCCAGAGGGCUCUGACCCCCAGUGCCAGUGAAGCAGAUGACAGCAGUGAGGACCGGAACAGGAAGAAGAAAAAGAAACUGAGACGUUGAUGUAGUUGGUCACACAAUAAACAUGCUCUGCAGCUCCAGGGAGUCAGCUGGAAGCUAGGAAGCAGCUCAAGCAAUGGGUGCCACUGCUCCCCAUGGCUUUUAACUCCUCUGUCCCUCACAAGCUUAUGGUAGCUUCUCCUGUUUGAUGCACAAUGCCCGUCCUGUGAAGAAACCACCUGGCACUUGUCUGUCUGUCAGAUCAGCUCUUUGGUCCUGGUUUUGGAAUCCACUGGUUUGGUUGGGUGGCCAUGGGCUGGGAGGGGAUUCCCAGAGAGCAGCCCCUGGUGAGAUGGCCCUCUUCAUACACUGUCCAGGGGGAGGUCCUGGGAGCUGGAUCCCUUUCUGGCACUCACCUGAGGAGAUAAAACUGGAUUUCCUUCAAGUUGAAGGCAGUGCAAGUCCCAGAGGGGAGAGGGGUGCUCUGGAACUGUAAAGAAUAUCUGUGUAUCAUCACUGCUGUUUUAUGGAUGUAGCACUUAUGUACUUAUGGUGUGAUGCCCGCACACAGCACUUUGCUGCACUCUGGCAGAAGAUCUCCGUGUCCUGAUCCUCUUACACUUGGUAACCUUGUGCUUGAUCCUCCUGGCCAUGUGUCCUGGCUGAAGUGGCUGCCUGAGGCUCUCUCCUGGGUCUGACCCAGCUCUGGCUGGGGGUGCUGCCUUGCUGCAGAUAGCAGAGCUCUGUGUCCUGUGGCACCUCUGCAGCUGCUCUCCUGGGUCUGAGAAUGACUUGCUUGUAAAC